UCCAUCGCCCCCCGCCCCGGCUGGAGGCAGGGCAGGGGGAGCUCCGGCCGGCCCCCGCGGGGCGGAGGUCACCCGCCUCCCCCCGCCCUCCGCCCAUGGGCGCCGGUUCCGUCCAGCCGCCGCCGCCGCUCCGGCCCCCUGGCAGAAGGAGGCGGCGGGGCGAGUCUGUCGGCGGCGGCUGCUGUGUCCGCCUGGCCGCCCGCUAGUCGCGGCCGAGGCGCAUGGAGACAACGGCCGCGCCUGUGUGCUGGGUUCUUUUCAUCCAUCUUCCUCUCAUCUCUGGAAGCUCCAUCCAUAUUGGACUAGGCAGCAAUUAUUCCACUCUCUAUGAGCAGAGCAUCCUGCCAUGUAAAAAAGAAGAACUGCAGUGUGGUGACGGACUCUGCCUCUUGAACUGGCUGCGCUGUCGCUACAAGAAGGACUGUGGCAGAGACUACAUGUCCAUCAAACUGACAUGCUCAAAAGUCCACUUGAACCAGAGCAAUGCAGCCAGUGACCUCCCCAGCUAUGGUGAAAAUGGAAACGAUACCAGUUUACUUGUUUCACCUCUCCUGGUAGCUGGAGUAGUGAUUGGACUUGUGCUAUUUCUGUCCUGCAUUACAAUCAUCGUCGGCAGCCUGCGCAAGGACGGCCGGUUAAGACACCCACAUCCCAGGAGAGAUGCUGUUUAUGCUCCAGAUGGCUUCUCCUAUGGUGGCUCCUUUGGAGAGCUGAGAUCCACCUGCAUGGAGGAGUUUCCCCCAGCUUUUGAUUUUGGUUCCUAUCUGGAUACACUUUCUCAGGUCAACGUCAUGUAUCCUGACUCACCUCCAUGCUAUGAUGACUGCGUGGGGCCAGGAGCAACACAAAUCUAUAUCCCCACAGAUGAUCCCCCCCCAUAUUCUCUCACGGACCCUUGCCAAAGAAAUGAAAUCUCUCUAAACAUUAGCCUGGAAGAAGCAGCAGCUGGGACUACAGGACAGGCUGCAAACCAUGCAGUCAGGCUGCAGGACCUGCAGCAGCCCAUUUCAUCCAUCUCUCUGUCAUCUCUCGCUCUGGAGGCUGCUCCCCGGUACGAGGCCGUGGUGUGUGAACAGAACAUCCCCAUCCCACUUGUCCCAGUGGAAGUACUGAAAAACUCUCCCACUGCCUACCAGACCCUUCUGAACCGAAUCAUGUGAAUACCUGGGGCUCUUUCCUUCAGGUAUUCUGAAGAACUCAGACCAACAAAAACAAACAAACAAACAUUUCCACAGAAGAAUAAAACCUCUGAAAGCUUUAACUGAUUUUCUAUCUUUAAACAGGGAUGCAAUGGGCUUUUGCCUUUUCUUUAUUUACAGUGACUUUUGAAAGUUUACCUAAACUUCCCUCUUUGUGCUUCAAAGUGUUCCAUGACAUCAUGCAGCAUAAAAAGAGGAGCAGUGAAGUUACAAGCAGCCCACCUUGGUGAAGCCUUGUAGAACAGAUUGAAAUCAGCCACUCUUGAUGUAGUUACAUGUUAGCCAGGCAGGUCUACCUGUUGAUUUUAGGAUACUUGGCGUGGUUUAGAGCAGAAGGAGAAAGAAGCGCAUUUGUUGUCCUGGUAGAUGUCAUUCAGUGUCUUGGCAACCAAGCAUUCUUGAAUAACUCUUUGUCUAAAUAUGUAUUUCAGCAGACAGAGACAGCACACUGCCUGCCAAACGUGACUGUCAGUGCCAGCCAUGCAAAGCCUGCUGCAAAGUCUUCCUCAAAAGAAACCAGCAGCAAGUGAUGGAGAAAUGGCAGUGGAUCCCCAAAGACCAAUUGGCUUUACCUAUAGGAGCUGUGCUGCAGCUGGUGCAGGCCUGGGAGCUGUAUGUCCUUUGUGGGCACUUGCUCUGGCCAAGAGAAGGGCAGUUCCUGGAAUCCCAGAAGAUGCUUCAUGGCAAUUCCCAUGCAGGAAUGCAUUUUAUGGCACUAGCAGGUCUCUUUCUUAAGGAAGGAUCCUGUAGUGUUACAAAGGACCUUGACCUCCAGCAAUUGUGUUAGGGUGGUGUAAAUAAUAGAUAGUGAAGUUGGCAUGCACAGGAACAGAGACCCUCACUUUGUGCAGAGACCCCUUUUAAUGGGCACCAUCCUGGCCACUGAAAUGUUGCUACCCACAAAGCAAACCUUUGGUCAUAGACCUGGACCUCCCACACUUCUAUUUGAUAAAUGUGUACAAGGGAGACCUCAUAGCUGCCUUCCAGUAACUGAAGGGACCCUACAGGAAGGCUGCAGAGGGACUUUUCAUAAGGGUGUCUAGAGACAAGACAAGGGGGGAUGGUUUGAAGCUGAGGGACAGCAGGGUUAGACUGGAUCUUAGGAAGAACUUCAGUAUGAGGGUAGUGAGACUCUGAAAUAGGCUCCCCAGGGAGGUUGUGGAUGCAGAGAGUUUAAUCCUGCAUGGUACAGAAGCCCCUUAUCUCCACACAAGGACUAAGCUACAUCUUCAACCAGUACUAGUUAGCAGAGUUAUCAGAGGCUUAACCCCACUCAGUCUCUUAGAAGUAUUUUCACUGAAAGAAAACCCCACUUUGGGGUUCUUUUACACUGGUAAAAUGGACUUCAGUUUGCUACCCCCACUGAAGGCUAUGUCAGAAUCAGUAACCACAUAAGAGUGUUUAAAAGGAAGCAUCAUCCAAAAUGCACUUAGGUUUUCUGUAAAUACUAAAUCAUUUUCCACUGUAAUCAUCAUUCAGCACUCCAAAGAUUGACACAAUUAUAAUUAAUACUUAGAUGGGAAGUAAUUACAUGGUUCUUUACUGCUGUAUAAAUGAUUCCAUUACUGACUCACAUGCACAUGAUAAGGUAAGUAUGGAUUUUUUUGGGCUAAGUAGAUGAGUAAAUACGUGUUUUGCUCAAAUAUCAGAACAGAAUUCUUUGGCAGUUCAGCAAGAUUUUCAAUAUUCUCAUUAGUCUCUACCCAAAACAAAACUGCUGGCAAACACUGCCACAACAGAGGCUGCAUUUCACAGGUCUGUUUUCAACAGGUAAUGCUCUGCAUAGAAACUCUUCUGGAGGUAUGCAAAGUCUCCUGCAAUAGGAGAGAGAAAACUGCAACAUCUAUUAGGAGCCAGGAAUAAGAACUCACAGAGAAACAUGACAGUUUUAUUGGCAGGAAAAAGAAGUGAAGGAGAGCACAGAGGUUUAUUUAUGCAGAAUAGGACAUACUUUCAGAGCUGUGUCUUCCUGCAGCUCUUGGAGACCUGCCUAGAACAGGGUAAGUCACUAGGAUGAGAUUCUGCUUGCUUCAGGCUGCUACUGGGGAGGUGGAAGGGGAGAUCUGAUAAAUAUGAGAAGGCAAAAGUGGUAUCUCUCUCCAGAAAUUAGUCUCUGAGGCAAACCUAAACAUUCUCCUGAAGACAAGCACAGAAGACUUGAGAUAAACAUGGA